GAGCUUAAUAUAUUUAACAUCAAGUAAGCUGUCUGUUAACUCGUCAACAAUAGCUUCCAUGUCUGAAACUCUUGAAUCAACAGUGUUCAAGCCAGUUCAAGAACUGGCCGUGGAUUGCAAUACACCGCCAGAAAGAUACAUCUAUACGUGCAGUAAUGAGGCCAUCGGCGUUAAUCCUCCAGUGCUAGAUAUUCCUGUCAUUGAUCUCAACUCUCUACAAUCUUCCUCACCAUCUGCAGAUAGAGAACUAGAGAAACUCAGAGCUUCUGUAACUUCAUGUGGCUGCUUUCAGUUAAUUGGUCAUGGGAUGACAAGUUCAUUUCUUGACCAAGUGUCCAGCAUUGGCAGAGACUUUUUUGCACUUCCGGUCAAGGAAAAGCUUAAGUGCCUGAGAACUGCUGAGAACACUCAAGGGUAUGGGCAUGAUACAAAGUUUUCGGAAAAUCAAGUUCUUGAUUGGACGGAUCGUCUGUAUCUCAUCACUAGUCCUGAAGAUCAGAUAAAGUUCCAGUCUUGGCCUGAAUGUCCCGAAAGCUUUAGGAAACUAUUGCAGGAAUACACUGAAAAGAUAAACUUAUUAACUGAGGCUGUCUUAAAGGUCCUGUCAAGGUCACUGAACUUGAAAGAAAGCUGCUUCUUGGAUCAAUAUGGAGAAAAUGCUUAUAUGGUUGCGAGAUUUAACUAUUAUCCUCCCUCUCCAAGGCCUGAUCUUACACUAGGAGUGAAACCGCACGCAGAUGGAUCAGCUAUGACAUUCCUUAUCCAAGACAAACAAGUGGAAGGUCUACAAGUCCUGAAAGAUGAUCAGUGGUUUAAUGUGCCUAAUGUUCCUGACGCUCUUUUAGUUAACAUUGGCGAUCAAGUUGAGAUAAUGAGUAAUGGGAUAUACAAGAGUCCAGUGCACAGAGUGGUGACGAACUCUGAAAGAGAGAGGAUAACUGUGGCUAUGUUCUGUUCUCCCAAUUCUAGUAGGUACAUUGAACCGGCAGAAGAGCUGAUAUCAAAGAGAAGACCAAGGUUAUACAAGAAAGUCAAUAAUUAUUUUGAUAUGUGUUUCGAGGGCUACCAGCAUGGAAAACCAGCUAUUGAAGCCGCGAAAAUGUGAUGAACACUUCUGCAAACAUGGAAUAAAGAAUUUCAAAUAUGACAAAGGAGAAAAGUUCAUUGGAGUCCCUGUUUAUUUGGAGUCUUGGAGUCCUUGAUCCUCACCAUUCAUUAAUAUGUUAUCCAAGGGCUGAGAAAAUUUCUAUUUAACUAAUUAAUUAAUAUUUAUUAAAUUAAAUAUUCAGUAAGUGGUAUGUAUACGCGUAUAAAUUAUAGUACAUAGUACAUACAUUUUGUAACUGUCUCCGGACAGUUAAUUGAUUAUCAUUUUUCAGGGCGGCAGUUAUGGCCCCCGUUUAUCUCCUUCUCCCUGUGAUUGCACCGUAUGAAAAUAGCAGCAGUUUUGUGUUAUGUAA